AUGGUCGACCGCCUUAUUCUGGAUCUAACGAAAACCAAAAUCCACAUUUUAAGGUAAUUAUAACCAAAUUUUAGUUCGGAAAAGCGAAAAAGAAGAACCGAAGCCAUGUCUCCCACGGCCAUUCUGUUCGUCGUCAUCGUCGUUAUGCUAUCUCCGGUGGCCACGUCAUCAUCAGACGGUGAAGGUAAGCGGUCGGCGUAUGAGGUCCUUCAAGACUAUGAUCUUCCCAUUGGUAUCCUCCCAAAGGGAGUCAAUAGCUACGAACUGGACCGAGGCAACGGGAAAUUCCAUGCCUAUUUCAACGAUUCGUGCAGUUUCUCCUUGGAGGGUUCGUAUCAACUAAAGUACAAGUCCACCAUAACCGGCGUUAUCUCCAAGGACAAGCUCACGAAGCUAACUGGGGUUAGCGUCAAGGUCUUUUUCUUGUGGCUCAACAUCGUUGAGGUGGUUCGGGACGGGAGCGACCUUGAGUUCUCGGUGGGACUCGCUUCGGCUUCAUUCUCGAUUGAUAAUUUUUUCGAGUGCCCCCAGUGUGGUUGUGGAUUGAAUUGCAAUAAUGGGCAAGCACUUGCAAAUGUUAAGGCGCUGUUAGAUUUUAAAGGAGACGAACAAGCAGAAGUCUAAAUAUUUGAUGACCAUUGGUAAUGUUAUACCUGUAGGAGUUUUAUGUCAUGCAUUCCUUUUAGUAAGUUCAUGAUUUUUUUACCAAAGUAGCAAUGGUUGCGAGUAUGAGAUGCUGGCACAUUAGCGAAGGACAUGACAUUUCUUCCAUACGGAUCAUGUAAGACUUUUAUUUGGGCUUCCAUUAACAAUUUAGUUGUUUUAUUAAAAUAUGGGUUGUUAUAUAGCUCUUUGUUGUAUUAGUUUAUAUAAUUGGUGAUUUAUAAUUAAUGGGUUUAACAUCUGUAUGAAGUCCAACUAGGAUUAUGGAGUUAAGUUUCUUCCCUAACUCUAUAAAUACAUAUUGUCUCAUCACAAUUGUAUGAUGGUUCUUGGUUGAUCUAUUUGAUCUGCUUUUGAAUUAGAGAAUUAGAAAUCUAGGGAGGAAUACCAAAUCUCAGUUAUUGCUAUGGAAGAAUCAGGUAUGUAUUCUUAAUUAUUUUUUUAA